CGAGAUUUGCGUUCGGUUAAGCCCUCUCGUGGGCGAGGGCGACGCUGCGGCGGCCGGCGCGGUGCCGCGCAAGUCGGAGGCGACGGCGACCAAGACGGUGGCCACCUUCUCUCCGCUGCAGGAAAAUUGAGCAACCCCAGAGUAUGGCACCUGUUGCUGCGGAAGAGGACGAUGUGCCAAGGUUGAGGAACACUCGGUCAAGGGCAACAAGGCGGCAGCCAGGGUUGCAGGAGCUCCUGAGGACUGUGCGUGGCCGUGGUAAUGAGCAAGACAGCAAGGGGCGAUCGCAUUGCUCCCGAUCUGCACCUGCUUCACCAUCAUCUGAGCGAGAUCAAAGGAUGAAGAGGAGGAGAAAAAUGAUCGAGGCCGAUCAUAGUUGUGAGGAUGGAGAGGAAAAGGUGCCAGAGAAGAUGAAUGAAGGGGAGGAGGAGGAGGAGGUAUCUUCUGCACCGAGCUCUCCACUCCACAUGCCCUUAUUACCUUUCAAAUUCAGUGGGUAUGACUCUGAUGGUCAAGAGAUCCUUGAGCCACCUGACAUGGACAUUGUUGAUGCUUACCAGAAGAGACGUGAGGAAUUCGAAGAAAAGAGAGCUCGUCAGCUGAGCCUGCCCACACUUAACUCAAGUAAAUCUUUGUGUCUUUCGGACCCAAAGUUGUUGGACAUCUAUGAACCUGCAAAGAAAGCAGUCCUUGGUGCUGCAAAAUUCAUUUUAGGACUUUCUUCAUCCAUUGGAGGAAAACCAUUAGCACACUGCUCGGGGUUUCUGGUUGAUUGGGAUGAAACAAGGAAGAAGGGAAUUGUAAUGACAACCUCUGAUAUUAUUUGCUCAAAGUCAAGCUUAGAUUGUUGGUCUGGUGAAGAUGAGUAUUCUCCUAAUGCUGAGGUCUAUGUCCACUUACUAGAUGACACCACAGUGGAGGCCCGCUUGAUAUACUCUCAAACACAUUAUAAUCUGGCUUUAUUUGAGAUUGCUCUGGAGACUCCUGGCGAGUUACCUACUUUUAGUUCUAGAGUUGACCGUGCUCAACAUAUUUUCAUGCUUGGAAGAGAUGAAAAUUUGUAUCCGCGUAUAAGUCAUGGCAGAGUGUUGUACUCUAAUCCAUACUUAUGUGAUCGUCAUCACUAUAUGUACGUUAGCAGUGCAAUCCCCGAGUUUGGCUUGGGAGGAUUAGUGAUUGACCUUAAGGGGAAGGUGGUGGGAAUGACUGGUCUUAUACAUGCUUUUAUACCUUCAUCGGUGAUACUCAAGUGUUUGAAGCUAUGGCAUAAGUUCCGGUGCAUCCCUCGCCCUCAACUUGGAGUUAAGCUUUGGGCCAUUAAGUUUCUAGACCUUCCCCAUAUCGAGAUGAUAUUGCGCAAGACUCAUAUUUGUGAUGGCCUAAUUGUUAAAGAGGUAUCAGAAGGGUCCAUCCUUGAGAAACUGGGAGUCAGAAUAGGUGACAUUAUUGAAUGUCUCAAUGGAGAAAGGAUUUAUGAUACAAUUCAGUUGGAAGAGUUGCUCUUAGAAUUGUGUGAAGGUCAUUUUGAUAACGGAAAUGGCCUCAAUUCCACACUGGAAAUGGCGGUUGUCUUAUUUCACAUACGCAAAGGUGCUCAAAGCAUAAAAAAGUUAACAGCAAAUGUCUCAGAAAAUGGGGAAGUAGUUAAAAGAGGCGUUUUCUUUGUUGCUGGCCCUACCUGUGAAGAGAUUCCUAAUCUGGCCCCGCUUGGGAAAGGUGCACUAAGAGAAGAGGGCUGGGCAGGUGAUUCUCACAUCCCUACUGCAGAUGGAGCAUCAACCUCAGUACCACUUGAUCAAGUAGGUCCUGAUUCUCGGGAAGAGAUUUCUACCCAGGAGCCACUAGCAACGACAGGCGAUCCUCAAAUCCCUACUGCCGAAGAAACAUCAACCUCAAGGCCACUUGACCAAGUAGAGCCUGGCAACAGUAGAUCGAUGCUAUCUGCACCGUCCGAUGUAGCAUGUGUCAACGAUCCGGCGUCUGUUCCACUUCUACCCUCCCAUCACCGUGAGCAGCCCGAGAUUGGUUUCUUCUCCCCCAUCGACUCCUUUUGCGCUGCUUCUCCUCGCCGCCACCGUGUAGCGCCUAGGGUUUUCUUCGCCCGCGCGCGUCGAUCCCCUUUUCCCCUGGUCAUUUUCUGGUCCUCUUCACCGCCGCCGUGCUCCACCGUAUCCUUCGGCGACCGCCGCGGGCAGCGCGAGAGGGGGGGAGGAGAGCUCGCCCGCCGCGGGCAGCGCGAGAGGGGAGGAGGAGAGUUCGCCCGAGGGCGGAAGCCAACGAGGGGAUGAUGGCCGGACGGCGAGCUCGCCGAGGCACGGCUGUUGGAGCGAACUAAUCCGGAGGGGGUCGGGCCCCUUGGUGUCUUGGUGCUGCUCCGCCCCGGAUCUGCCUGCCCCAUUACUUCACUUUCUCCUUGCAAUCACGUCGGCGGGGAAGGUCGUCGUCCCACGAGCAGACGAGCUCAUGUCGGCUCGACAUGGUCUCCCGAGCUCAGCGGGCAUGGGUUAGCUUCUUCCCUCCAUCCUCCAUUUGGUCUCUAUCCAGAUUUGGUUGUCUCAUGUUGUAGCUAGGGUUUUGGUGGGUAAUGCACAUUGCAGCGGACGAGGUGAGGCGGCAGGGUGCAGCGCGUAAACUUAAGUUUUAAGUCCUUCAACAAUGAAUCGAUCUGUGCAAGUUAUGCAAAUAUUGGUUGUUUGUGUGCCUGCUCAACCUCAGCUUGCUGUCCUCCGGCUGUGGUGGCAGGAAGGGAAGCACUUGCCUGUCUUCCUAUAGCUCAAGUCAUGAUGGCAUGGAGGCUAAUCUUCUUUUCCUGCAGGUUCCUAAUUGGCUUCAGAAUCGGCUUACAAGCUAAAUGUAAAUUUGAUGUUGGGUGGCGUCUUAUCUUGACCAGAGUUUGUCAAAUUCGCUUGCCUACUUCUGCGUUAUAUAACUUGCAAGCUAUUUUUCUUAUAGCCAUGCCAUGAGCUUCGAUGCACCUUCUACUCCAUUGCCUCACGUAUGCAGCUGUGUUUUGAUAUAUAUGGUACAGUGACUUUGUGAGCAGCUCAGUUUAAUAGAACCAAGGUAAGAUGGUUGAUCUCGAUCAUUGUUUCAAAUUUAUUGCCUACAACUCUUUGAAAUAGAAGGUAAAUUAAUCAGACGCUCGUCUACUUUAUAUGUUUGUGUAUGUCAUAUACUUGAUGAAAUGCUUGAUGGACUUAGCCCGUCGGUAUGCAUUAUUGGUUAAGCACUCAAAACUGCACACUGUUGUCACUUAAUUUUAGAUUUCUCAUCACGUUCAGUUAUAUAAGAGUCAGGCCAUAAAAGAUAUGGCAGCUAUUAACUAUAUAAUAUUUUGACCCAAAUGGUUCAGUUCUAAAGCACUUAAAGAUGAUUAUUGCAGGUAUUAUAGGCCAACACAAAGUUUGUUUUUGUUAUCUCUUAGUUGCUUGCAGUAUACUCAUAUCACAUUGAAGCCAAGUUAUGCUAUGUAUUACCUUGAUUUGGUCAUGAAAUUUUUCUCUCAAUUCAGGAAGCAUUUUUAUUCAACGAUGUAUGCACUUUCACUGCUAAACUACUAUGCAGUGAAUGUGUUCAUGAUUGUUUUCUUCUGAUCCUAGCACAUUUCCUGAGAUAUCCUUCAAAUAUGAUGACUUCAAAUUCAUCGUGUACCUUUUUUCCUCUCUCAUAUUUACAUUGUUAUGCCUAGGACGAUAGCUUCAAUUUAACAGUGCACCUUCACUACUUGAUAAUUGCGAUGGGUAAGAUGCUAUCAGUCAACUGUGAAUCUAUUAUGUACUUAUGUUGUUUCAUCUCUACAAAGCCAAAAAAUGAAGUUCUCCCUAGACACACCCAAACCUUCCAAGUAGAGCAAUAAUUUUAUUAGCAAGCAUUAUUUCCACGUAUCUAUUGCCUCUUUGAUUUAAAUAGUAAUCCAAGAUAAAGGAGUUAAUGGAAUAAACUAAAUGGGCUGCUUAUUUUGUUUAACGUCCAUAGAUUUGCAAGCAGGAGUCCCUCAAUCUAUAUUUUCUUUGCUUGGCAGGAGUUACAUUUUUUUAGAUGACAUCCAGUAGGGAUUCAGACCACUGGAGCUUGAGGGAUACACACCAUUCAGUAAUUUGAGAAAUUGAUGUUUCCUAAACUUAUAGAUUAUAUAUGAUACUAAUUAGUUGUGUUUGUCGUUUUUGAGUAAUCAGUACCAUAUGUAAAAUGUAGCUCAAGCCAUUUUUUGUGCUUUUACCUCUCCUAUCAAGGUAGGAGGACUGAUGUUGGUAUUUGGGAACGCCUUUUCAUUUUCUUUAUGUAAUGAGAAUUAAUAUAUUUCCAACUCCUAAUUAGUAAAUCACAACAAGAGCAAAGCAUUAAGGAUAUAAUUACCCAAUCCAAGAAACUAGACAAUUGGAAUAACUAGGCUAAAAAUGUAAUAUGAAAAUACAGAACAUUCAAUGAUGUGUUGGGAGGAUCAUUUCCAUCCACUGAUUGCAUAUGCUAAUUCUAUAAUCUAUCAUCUCUUUUUUCAAAAGGUCCUUUUGGAGAUUCUUCAUAUGGUUAUCCUGACCUGCUAACUUUUAUGAUUUAAUCUGUAUGUGCUGCUGCUUUCCAUGUUUCUGCAAAUGCAUAUGUAUUGAUGUGCUCUUCAAUCUCCAUGCAGAGUAUGCUAUCAUGACACACAAGGAUUUUUUGUUGGGUGCUGUGUACAAUUAUUUUUAUCGAGGCCUUUGAAGGUAUUACAGUGAUAUAUUGUUACAUCUCCUUCACCAGGCUUCUAUACUAGAUAUCCUCCUAUUACUAUUUUAAUUCUUUUUAAACCAGACAACCUAAUUAGCUAUUUGUACUUAUUUUUUAUACAAGAUUUUUUUUACAAGAUAAUAUUUGCACCAUCAGAUGUAAAAUGCCAAUUUUGUUCAAGCUCCCCUGAGCCAUAUACCAUAUAUUCAUGUUCUGCUUGAUUUCUAUUCUGUGGUUGAGCGAAAUUGUGUGUAUAAUACUUAUGCAUCUUGCAUUGCAUUUAAGCUUAAUUUUUGUAGAGGCCACCCUGUGCAGAUUUCUCAAUUUCAGCCAUAGCAAAACAAGGGGCAUUUUCCAUACUCUUAGGUAAUUGCUUUGGUGCAUUGUAUUUUGAUAUCCUUCAGGUCUACUAUUUGAACUCACCAAUUAGUGAGUAGGAUGAAUAGAUAUUUACUUAAACUUGAUGUUGCUACUUCCCUGAAGAGAUUUUUCUAGCUUGAUGUUGCUACUUCCCUGAAGAGAUUUUUCUAUUGGUUCUACCAACUAUAAAUAAUUUAUUCCUCCAUAUUCUGCCAGUAUCUCUUUCAGUGUGAUACAUGAAUUCAGUAUGCACAUGCUCUAUUAGCCUAAGUGCUACUUUCAUUAUGUCAUGAUAAAUUGAGUUAUGCCCAUUUCAGAUAUGUGAUCUCUACUUCUCUUUAUGGAGAAAAAUCCAUGAAGGUAGAUUGUUUCUCCUUUAUCCCAGAAAUGAGGUGGCAUUUCAAACCGGUUUCUUGCAGGAAAGAAUAGGUUGAGCGAAGGUAAUGCAGUCUCAUUGUACAGCACUGGCCUGAUGUCUCGCACUUGUUCAGUUUUGCAUAGUCUCCCUUUAAACCUUAUGUAAUGAAUAUUUGGUACCUGAUUGUUAUCGUGGGUGGCUUCCAUACCAUACAUGUUCACGGUAACCGUGUUUAUAUGCUAUUAAAUUAGCUAGAUGUUUAACACUGUCAUUUA